AUGUUUCUCUCUAACUUUCUCCUUUUUCUUCCUAUCUCUUUUUGGUCUUCUCUCUUCCCCUCCCUUUAUUUGCUUUUGCCUUCCUUUCACUUCCCUUGUUUUCGCCUUCCCGUCUUUUCCAUGUUUCUCUCUAACUUUCUCCUUUUUCUUCCUAUCUCUUUUUGGUCUUCUCUCUUCCCCUCCCUUUAUUUGCUUUUGCCUUCCUUUCACUUCCCUUUGUUUUCGCUUCCGUCUUUUCCAGGUUUCUCUCUAACUUUCUCCUUUUUCUUCCUAUCUCUUUUUUGGUCUUCUCUCUUCCCCUCCUUUAUUUGCUUUUUUUGCCUUCCUUUCACUUCCCUUGUUUUCGCCUUCCCGUCUUUUCCAGGUUUCUCUCUAACUUUCUCCUUUUUCUUCCUAUCUCUUUUUGGUCUUCUCUCUUCCCCUCCCUUUAUUUGCUUUUGCCUUCCUUUCACUUCCCUUGUUUUCGCCUUCCCGUCUUUUCCAGGUUUCUCUCUAACUUUCUCCUUUUUCUUCCUAUCUCUUUUUGGUCUUCUCUCUUCCCCUCCCUUUAUUUGCUUUUGCCUUCCUUUCACUUCCCUUGUUUUCGCCUUCCCGUCUUUUCCAGGUUUCUCUCUAACUUUCUCCUUUUUCUUCCUAUCUCUUUUUGUCUUCUCUCUUCCCCUCCCUUUAUUUGCUUUUGCCUUCCUUUCACUUCCCUUGUUUUCCCUUCCGUCUUUUCCAGGUUUCUCUCUAACUUUCUCCUUUUUUUCCUAUCUCUUUUUUCUUCUCUCUUCCCCUCCCUUUAUUUGCUUUUGCCUUCCUUUCACUUCCUUUUGUUUCCUUCCCGUCUUUUCCAGGUUUCUCUCUAACUUUCUCCUUUUUUUUCCUAUCUCUUUUUUUCUUCUCUCUUCCCCUCCCUUUAUUUGCUUUUGCCUUCCUUUCACUUCCCUUGUUUUCCCUUCCUGUCUUUUCCAUGUUUCUAUCUAA